UUUAAUUCAGAUAAAUAAAAGAAGACUAAGAAAUUGCUAAACCCAAAUCAACCCAAGUCACUAGGCCUAACUUUUAUACCCAACAAACUAAAACUCAGAACGAUAAAUGGUAGAAAUUGAAAGCAGCUUCACCACCAUUAACGACGGAGCCAUCCGUACGUGUCAAGUUUGAGAAAGGACCCAGGGGGAAGCUUCCAGUUAAUCCAGCGAUCAACACGGGGUUGAAUACGCGGGGAAAUGUUGGAUUUUCUUCCAGCAGAAGGAAUUCACGGCCCUUACCAAUCACUUGCUGGUCUCAAGGCUUGAAAGAAGUCAUAUGGUAAAGUUACUAUAUCUUCUUCCCAAAGAAAAUUAUGUUCGAGCUCAGGCCAUUGGUUGGUCUGCACUACAGUUCACGGGUAGAUGUAAAUGACGUAUAUAGACACUAAUAUUGUUUUUUUUUUCUUUAAGAUAUUAAUUUUUUUUAUUUAGUUGCAAAAUUAAACGUCUCCAAAUCAUCAAUUAUUUAUGAGUUUGAAUUUUUAAUUUAUAUAUUUAUUUUCAUGCCUAAUUAGUAUUCAUGGAAAUAUUGUUUCAGAAAAACUGAAUAAUUAGGGAUAUAUGCUCUUUGCUUAGAAGCCUCUACAACUAUAUAAUCCUUUAAAUCCAAAACAAGCAAAGGUGGCCUGGUUUAUCAAUAAAAUUCAAAACACUGCAAGCCAGGGAAGGGACCAUUCAUCAAAAACUCAUAAACAGUAAUUAAAAACAAAAACAAAACAAAUAUCAUAUUGCACGACUGACUAAUAGCGACUAUGAACCUCCAACGACGACCCAAAAAGCAGUCACCGGUCAAGUCAUAUCUCAACGUAUAGUAAACGUCGACCUACUUAAUUGUAUAUAUGUAUGCAUGCCAUUAUCAUCUAUCCCAACAAAUUAACCCUUAAUUAAUAUAUCUCUUCCUUUAAGUUCUCCCGCUUCAGCCAUGGCAAGGAAAAUCUUUGUUACGCUUUUUAUUCCUAAGCAAAAUCUUCCAUUCUCAGCAACCCUUGUCUGCUCUUCUCUUGUCUUCGUCAUAACAGUGUUCAGUUUGUUUUCUAUAGUCAUAUUUCUGUGUUCUUCGCACAAGACCAAGAAAUUAGAUAGAGCGAAGGAUCAGGAAUCCAGUGAGAAAAAACUUCUGUCAAAGAUUAAUAGUGGCAUCAGCAGUAAGGCUCAUUCUAUGGUGAAAAUGAUUUCAUGGAGAAAGAUGCAACAAGCUGAUGAUGAUGAUCUUGACGAUUAUGAAAGUGAAGAAGCAAUUUGGAGGAAGACGAUCAUGAAGGGUGAACGGUGUCGUCCGCUUGAUUUCUCUGGGAAGAUUGAGUAUGAUGCUCAAGGAAAUCUUGUGCCUCAAUCAAGAUGUUUAGAUCAGAAUGGUAAAAUCAUUUCUUUCAAAAAUUGAUGACAAGCUUUUUUUUGUUUGUUUGUUUGUAAGCUUGUAUAGAGAGAUAAUAUAUAUAACUGAGUUUCUUGUAGAGAUGCCAUCAAUUUUGCUUUUGUUUUUCCUUUUACUUUUUCGCCUGUAAUUUUGCGAGAGUUCAUCCGUUCAUCAAUUAAGGGAAGCUCAUUUUAAUAUAAAAGUUUUAUUUUUGUAUUUGA